UUCAUGUACAAUAGCUGUGUCAAGUUUUGCACCAUUGAAUUUUAGUUCACUGAAAUAUAUAUGAUUAGCUGUGUGUGGUAAAAUUGCAAAUGGAGCAAGAAAGGAAUGCUAAGCCACUAGCUGGAAGUUCGCCUGAUCAGACCGAAAAUAAGAACGCCGUGUCAGACUUCCUUGUUGUUGAUUUGGAAUCAUUUGUCGAAGCCGAAGACCGGAACGACAUUGGAAGUUCUGAUGCGGUACAUAAUAUUCGGGAAGUGACUCAAGCUCUGUUCCAAAAUGAAGGUCGAGAGAGUGAUGAAGCUGGAAGUGAUGAUGAUGAUGAAGAUGAAGACAGUGGCACGAACCACUUCAACAUGGUAAAGACAGGAACGCAGCUUCAGCGAUCUGAGCGCAGUGGAGGAAGUCAUUCAAGUUUGCCAGACACUUUUCAGACAGGCCGCCUUCUGUUUUAUGAGAGGUUCAAGGCCUACCAGGACUACAUCCUUGGUGACUGCAAGCCUUCAGAGGUCAAGACCUUCACAGCUGAUUACUUGAAGAAAGUCGUGCAGUCAUCUGGUUGGGGAGCUCUGUGGUCCACUGAUUUAUUUGAUGUCCUGGUAGAGGUUCAUGAUGCAGACUUCAGUGAUUUAAAGGCUUGUGUGAAGCUCGUGCUUCCUCUGAAAUGUGAGGCAAGAGGAUGUGAAAUCAAUGAGGAAACCAUGACUGCUCUGCUGGAGGCAACUCAGCACAAGGUGCCCCUAAUGGAACUUCAGGUGGUGUAUGAUGAGUCUGGGGACUAUGACCAGACUGCUCUAGGCCUUGAGCACCUCAGAUUUUUCUACAAGCAUGUCUGGAGGGUUUGGGAUGAAGAAGAUGGGGAUGAUGAUUAUGACUACUUUGUUCGUUGUGUUGAGCCUCGUCUUAGACUUCACUAUGACAUCUUAGAGGAAAGAGUCCCAGCAGGUCUUGUGUCAGAAUAUAAGAUGUUACUGGAAAACUGCGAACAGUGCUUCCAGGAGUUUUCGGUGCUGCGCAGGAGCCUGGGCAAUGAUUCAGACUCAGAGCUGGAUAAUGUUUCAAUGGUGGAGGGCCAGAAGCUCGAUGACCAGUUAGAAACAUUUAAGCGCAAGUUGAACAUCAUUGAGAAUCCAUUGUUAAGGUAUGUGCUUGGCUACAAAGGUAAUGCUCGUCAUCAGUUCAUCCAAAGUCGUGGGCAAAGAGAAUCGGGCAUCAAGGUGGCCCAUGUGGUCACAGCAUCCUGCACCACCAAUCAGCUCCACUCCCUCCUCAAUGACAGGCUUCUAUCUCACUUUUCGUCUGAAGAAACUGAAAUCCAAUUCCAUAGCGACCCUGUUUCAGCAGUGGAUUCAUGCCAUCAGGGUGACAUGGUCUUUGUCCUCCCAGGAGUGUACAUUGUUGCCAGAUGCAUCUUCCUACCAGACUCCAUCACGAUAGAAGGAUUUGGGCUCCCUGAUGAGGUGGUGAUUGAGAAGAAAUACAGCGGGGACUCCUUUAUUGAGUCCACAGCAGCUGAUGUCCAAAUUUCCAACAUAAAAUUCAUUGAGAAUGAAGCUAUUGAGGGUAUUUUAUGUGUGCGAAAAGGAUGUCUGACCAUGGAGAAUUGUGUGCUCCAGUGUGAGACAGCUGGUGUUGUUGUCCAAACAUCUGCUCAGCUCACGAUGAAAAUGUGUGAUCUAUAUGGAUCCAAGGGGGCCGGUAUUGAGAUUUCACGCAGCAGUGUUUGCACUCUGGUUGGCAAUGGCAUUCACCACUGCAAGGAUGGCAUUCUCAUCAAGGACUUGGCAGAUGAGGCGAAUGCAAUCCCUUCAAUUACCAUGGAAAACAAUGUGAUUCACAACAACGAAGGCUAUGGCGUGAUUCUUGUGAAACCCUCGCACAGUCAAGACAGGAAUAUUACUCUUGACCAACGUAUUUACAAAGAUGAGGCUAUACAAGAUGGCGCUGGACACCCAGUCGGCGCACCAAGCCAGACGACAAGCCACUCGGAUGUUCCACCCAAGUUGACAGAGAAUAGUCAUCACACAGAGUCAGCCAGGAAAUGGCACACAUCAUGUAGCGUAACUCUGCAAGACCUGAUUUCCCACCAGGUAUUUGUCUCUAUCCAGGGAAACCAGUUCAGACGCAAUGGCAUUGGUGACUUUGGCACAUUUUUAUACUAAGAAAUCCACAUAAAUAAAAAGAUUAACGCACCAAAUUACUUUUACCUAUUAUGAUUUAACUUUUUAGAAGAUUGACGGUUCAAUGGCCAUUGCAAAGAAUGCAAGCCCAAAACCUUAAAUCUGCAAUAGUAAAAUGUGUCUUAAAAAGGUUGACCUCUGCCAAGACCAGUGUAAUACAUAUGCAGGUGGUCCUCGGUUUAUGUUGUUUUGUGCUUAUGGAUGCGUUCUCAUAAAUUUUGGUCCGCAAAUACAAGACUUGCUCGAGAACUAGUUACAGAGUACGGCAGUAGAAUAUGUAAAGAUGGUAUUGUAACAUCUGCCCGGACAGUGGAAGGAUGACGAGGACGUUGUCCAUCAACGAUCCCUAUAUUGUGAAAACAAAACAGGCAACUCGAGGCCCAACCGUGCCAAAACAACAUCAGCAAAUUCAACUGUCCUCGACACACUUUGAUCCUCCUCUCACACCACACGCACACACACAGGACACAUGUUGAAAGACAGUUGAAAAUCACAAAACCCUUUAACACGACACUUUACUGCCAGGUCGCUACAGUAUCCUUGAGCAUGUGAAAAGGUCUGCUCCUUUGUAAGCAACAGUAAUAUCUAAGCAAUGUAGUGGGGUUUUGGGUUGUAUUUUUCUGUUACUGUUACAUUUAAUUCUUGUAUUUAGUGUUUUUAUUAAUGUGUUUUAUGUCUUUCAUGUGUUAUGUGUAUAGUGGGAGGUGAAUUAAUUUGACUUACAACACGUCGUAGGACCAGAACUCUUGUAAGCCAAGGACCACCUGUAUACGCAUGUUCAAAUAUGAAGAUAUCUAUAUUUUCAUCUAUAAAGAUAUGUUAUAAAUGUAAGAAAAAACUGUCUAAUAGGGGAAAUAAAUGUAUUCUUUUGCACUGCUAUUUACUCACUGAUUUGUCACUUUGGAGUUCUGAUUAAUUCAUUUGUUUUUUUAGUACUCAGUUCUUGUGGUUCUCAGUGUUAGAUUUUUCCCAACAGAAAGUACAGUGGAACCUCGGUUUUCAUCACUAAUUUUUCCAAAAGGUCUGCCGAAAACUGAAAGGUUAAAACAUUAAGGUUAUUUUUCUCGUAGGAAAUAAUAUAAAUCCAAUGAAUCCGUUCCAGACACCCAAAAAUAUGAACAAAAUAUACAUUUUUGUAGAGAAUAAUUUAGCUUUAUACGCAGAAAAGAAUGUGAAAUAAUUAUGAGGAAUGGACAAAACUUAUUAUUGAUGCGGACAUCCCGUACAUUCUGGUGAGAUUUAAUUCAAUAAUGCUUCUCGCCUUCUUCAUCAAAUUGCUGACACAAAUGUUAGAAUGUUGGCCACACAGUCAGGAGAUCGGGAAGAUCUGGGUUCAAAUCUCCGUUGGGAGAUGUGGCGUUUGCAUGUUCUCCGCAUGCGUGGGUUUUCUCCGGGUGCUCCGGUUACCUCCAAAAAAAAAACAUGCAUGUUAGGUUAAUUGGCGACUCUAAAUUGUCCAUAGGUAUGAAUGUGAGUGUGAGAGUGUGAAUGAUUGUUUGUCCGCGAUUGACUAGCGACCAAAGUCAGCUGCGAUAGGCUCCAGCAUACCCAUGACCAUAGUGAGGAUAAUGGAUGGAUGAAGUCAGCAGUACAUAGGUUGCUUUGUUUGGGCACUCAAUUUUGCAGAGCAGGAGAAACAGACUAGUUUGUUUAUUGUAUGAAAACUGAGGCAAAAUGUUAUCAAACAUUUUUGACGAAUCAUACAAAAACCGAGGUUUGACUGUAUUUGUAGUUCCACAUGGUGAUAGUUAUCAGUUGUUUUAUCCUUUGUAAAAUAUGUAUAAUACCAUAUAGUGCCUUGGUAAAUAUUGUUAAUGUGGAUGCAAAUGACAGGCCUAGAUUUAGAUCAUUCAAAACAACAAAUUCUUUUAAGCUUAAUUUCAACAGCCGCCCUUUGGACUAUUUAAAAAUGAAAUCAUUUAUUUAUAAAUAUUUGUAGCAAAAUUAUUUAACAUCUGCAUCCAGUUCAUGUGUCACUUCACUUCAUGUCUAUAUUAAUUACAUUUUGAAUUCGACAAUACUUUUGUGAAGACUUGUUUGUCUGAAGCUUGAUAUCAA